GGGAGGUUUUUCUUUAUUUGUUCUCUCCUCUUUUGUAUUCCACGUGUACUCUAUUCUCAUAUAAUCUAGAGCUUCUGCGCUUGCGUAGGUGAAGCCUGCCCCGUGUAAGAUCAUUUGGCUCAAUAAUAUAUUCAGGUAGGGAUUCUCUACCCCCGGUGAUUUAGUAAAAAAAAAUAAAAAGGUGAGGUGAGCUUCGUGGUCGUCCUGCUCGCCGGCGAUGGCGACGGCGACGGCGAGCUCCGGUUCUUGGAUACAAGCGUUUUGGUUGUGAACUUCCUCGUUUUCAAUUUUGAGCCCGGGAAGAAGCAAACAACCUAUCAAAGGAAAUUAACUGAACCAGGAUUGGAUGAAAUUUGAUGGGGCCACUUCUUUGGGGAGCUUCUGUUUUCUUGCAAUGGGCUGCUAGAAAUUUCGUUCACAAUGUUUUCCUGAUAAAUUCCGUCAAGUCAUGCUCUUCUUUGAUGAACUUUGACAUGUUCAAGAUCUAUAGUUCGUCAAAAGUUCCAAGUCUCGAAUCGGUCGGAGUGCGCGGUCUUGUUUAUUUUUCCUGACCUUGAAACUGCAGCACUUUGUGACUAGAAUAUAACUAAUUCUGGUCAUGAAAGGUGUGAGCUUUGAGUCUGCAAAGCUGAACUUGCCACCAUCCAGCUUCAGCCUCACCUGCAACUCUUUAAUUCUAAUUAGGAAGAUGUUUAUGCCUUCCCAACCGAACCGAUCACAACUGCUGUUUACUGCUUUGAUCUCUACUCUGUACCAAACUUACCACAUGCAUUCUUCUUGAAAAACAAGCACCUAUUUUUUUUUGUUAAUGUUAGGUGUGGUAGCAUUAAUCUGAACUCACCUUUUUUUACUUAUUGUCUACAUUCUUCUUGUAUGAUGCAGCUGCCUGAUUGCCUGACCAACAGAAUUCAGAGAACCUCUAUUUUAUCUGCAGUUGAUGUCUUGUGAGCACAAUUCAGUCCUGAAAAAGAACAGGGGUUUGCUUCAGAGCACAGUAAAGGGAUGAGAUUGGUGAAUCUGAAUGGUCUGAGGUUCAAGCAGCUCAAGCUUGUCUGUCUUGCCCUCCUUGUGGUGCUCCUGACAUGGAAAUGGGAGAAGGGAUCGCUGCGAAAUCGCGGCGAGCUCCUCCGAUCAGAGCCAUUGGCUUUGAGCCAUCCAGUUCAAUCCAAGUAUAUAGAUCAUGAUAUCUCCAAGGAAGAAAUUUUUUCUAGCUUGGAUCCAUUAGUGCAGUUAGUAGAUGAAGUAGGAAGGGAAGCUACUGCUGCAUCUCCACCUCAGUCUGUAGUUCAUGAAGCAGAAAACGUCACUGGUAAAAGGGAAGCAUCACCUCCUGAGAAGAAAGAAUGUGACUACAGGAAUGGAAGAUGGGUUCCUGAUGACAGCAGACCAUUAUAUUCUGGUCUCAGCUGCAAAAAAUGGCUCUCUGAUAGCUGGGCUUGCAGAUUGACACAACGAAAGGAUUUCGCUUAUGAGAAAUUCAGAUGGCAGCCUGAAGGCUGUGACAUGCCAGAAUUCCAAGCCUCCCAGUUCUUGAAAAGGAUGCAGGACAAAACCAUUGCUUUUGUAGGUGACUCCUUGGGGAGGCAGAUGUUCCAGUCCAUGAUGUGCAUGCUCACAGGUGGGGAUGAUCACUCGCAUGUCGAAGAUGUCGGUAAACGCUACAGCCUUGUCGUUGCGCGCCACGCUAAGAGACCGGAAGGUUGGGCAUACCGGUUCCGAAGAACCAACACCACCAUCCUCUACUACUGGUCAGCAACGCUCUGUGAUCUGGAGCCUCUCAGGAGGUCUGAUCAGGCAACCGGCUAUGCAAUGCACCUAGACCGCCCUCCUGCAUUUCUUCAGAAGAACCUCCACAGGUUUCAUGUGAUAAUUCUGAACACCGGGCACCACUGGAACCGGGGGAAGAUGAAGGCGAACCGGUGGCAAAUGUACGUCUCCGGGGCACCGAGCCAUGACCGGGAUAUCGCCGUCAUCUGGAAGGCGAAGAACUUCACCAUCCACAAUGUUGUCAGGUGGCUGGAUGAUGAGCUUCCAAGGUACCCCCAUCUGAAGGUCUUCUACAGGUCAUUGUCACCCAGGCAUUUCUUCAAUGGUGAGUGGAACACUGGAGGAACAUGUGACAACAAAAACCCUUUAUCCAAGGGGAAUUCGGUGUUUCGGAAUCGUUCUGACGAUGCCGAAGCCGAGGAAGCGGUGAGAGGCACCGGAAUCAAGCUCUUGGAUAUCACCGCGAUUUCGCGGCUGAGGGAUGAAGGGCAUAUAUCCAGGUACAGCAUCAGAGGUAGAGGAGGGGUCCAGGAUUGCUUGCACUGGUGCCUUCCUGGUGUUCCAGACACAUGGAAUGAGAUCCUGGCUGCUCAAUUGUAGCUGCCUGCUGCCAUAGUCAACACAUUUUUCUUUUGAUAAGCUCUAACCAUUUUAUCUGAUGUUAUCAUCAUCUGAUAAAAGCAGCUAUUUUUCAUGUAAAUCUGUAAUAACCCUUCAAUAAGUUUCUGUACUUUUCUGGGAUUAGCCACACACAUACACGCACCCCAUCAUUCUUCAGGACUGAAAAUGAAAUUCUUGUGUAGAUUCAGACAUGAGUUUGUACACUAUACCGUUUUCCGUUACUAGAUUCUUUUUCUAAAUUAUGAUGA